CCUGUCACUUGUACCCGGGCACCAACAUGAAGUCACUGCUCCUCAUCACUGCGGCUGCUCUAAGCCUGGCACUGGUCCAGUCACUGCAGUGUUACACGUGUGAUGAUUAUACAGCCAGUAAAGACUGUUCCACAGAAAAAAACUGCUCAGACACAACAAAAUACUGCAAAACUGCCGUGAAAAGCCCCAAUGUAGGGUUUCCAUUCACGGGGGAUGAAGAGGUGAGACGAGUGUGUGCAGUGAGCUGUGAGCAGACGGAGGAAGAUUCCCUGGGGAACGACGGACCUACUUUCUGCUGUAAUUCGGACCUGUGCAAUAACAGAGGCCUCUAUUCUCAUUCCAACUCUCUGGCUGCCGCUGCACGGAGCUUUGCACUUCUCAUAUUGACUUUAACUGCACUGGGAAACUUAUUAUAACCACCAUAGGGCCUCAAACUACUACUUGCUCAGGGCCCCUUUUUCCUUCCAAGCACUGCUAGGGCCCAUAUAUUGCCCCGCCCACCUGGGAGUGGGAGGGCCCAAUGGGGCCAUUGCUAGAAAAGAAAAAUAACCGUUGCUUUGUAGCGCCCCCUGCAGCUCUGAAUGUAACCGAUGGCUCCUGUAUAUUUUCUGUAUCUAUAGAUUCCUAGCGAGUUUAAAGGGGUGGCUCACCUUUAAGUUAACAUUUCGUAUGUUAUAGAAUGGCUCAUUUGUAAGCAACUUUUCAAUUGGUCUUCAUUUUUUAUAGUUUUUUUAAUCAUUUGCCUUCUUCUUCUGACUCUUUCCAACUUUUAAAUGGAGGUCACUGACCCCAUCUAAAAACAAAAGUUCUGUACGGCUACAAAUGUAUUGUUAUUGCUCCUUUUUAUUCCUCCUCUUUCUAUUCAGGCCUCU